AUGAAGUUGUUCGUAUGCUUGAGUGCCUUGUUGGCUGUAACAAAUGCAGGAUUUCUUGGUUUAGUGGGAGGUGGUGGACGUUCUGGAGGACUUGGUGGUGGAUUAAUUGGCGGUGGUGGAGGUGGUGGCCACGGUGGUGGUCACGGUGGUGGUUAUGGAGGCGGACAUGGUGGCGGUUACGGUGGUGGCCAUGGUGGCGGUCACGGUGGCGGACAUGGCGGAGGUCCAGUUCAAGUUGUCAAAGUAAUUCAUCAACAAGGAGAUGGAGGUAUUGGGGGAGGAAUUGGGGGAGGAAUUGGCGGAGGAAUUGGCGGAGGAAUUGGCGGAGGUCAUGGCGGUCUAGGAGGUGGUGGCGGUGGUGGUGGUGGUGGCGCACAAAUUUACAAAGUUCACGUAUCUAGCGUUGGAGGCGGCCACGGUGGUGGACAUGGUGGUGGACAUGGUGGUGGUAUUGGCGGUGGUAUUGGCGGUGGUAUUGGCGGUGGUGUUGGAGGUGGUCAUGGCGGCGGUGGUGGCGGUGGUGUUAAUGUUAUUAAAGUAAUACACCAAGAAGAAGGUGGUCAUGGUGGUAUUGGAGGCGGCAUUGGAGGUGGUAUUGGCGGUGGUAUUGGAGGAGGUCAUGGUGAUAUUGGAGGUGGUGCUGGUGGCGGUGCCGUCAAUGUUAUUAAAGUUAUACAUCAACAAGAAGGUGGACAUGGUGGAAUCGGAGGCGGUAUUGGCGGUGGUCACGGUGGUGGCAUUGGCGGUGGAAUUGGUGGUGGAAUUGGCGGAGGAGUUGGCGGCGGUGCUGUUAAUGUUAUUAAAGUAGUACAUCAACAUGAAGGUGGUCAUGGCGGUAUUGGAGGUGGUAUUGGCGGUGGUGUUGGUGGUGGUCAUGGUGGUGGCAUUGGCGGCGGUGCUGUUAAUGUUAUUAAAGUAGUACAUCAAGAAGAAGGUGGUCAUGGUGAUAUUGGUGGAGGUAUUGGCGGCGGUUUUGACGGCGGUAUUGGCGGCGGUAUUGGCGGCGGUAUUGGUGGCGGUAUUGGUGGCGGAGCUCCACAAGUUAUAAAUGUCAUUCAUGAACAUGCUGCAAGUGGUUCUGCUCAUGGUGGAGCUGCACAUGGUGGUGCUGCUGUUGCUGCACCACAAGUCAUCAAUGUUGUACAUCACCAAGCUUCAGCUGGUGCUUCUGCUUCUGCUCAUGGCAGUAGCCAUGGUUCCAUCGGUCAUGUUGCCCCUGCUCCUCAAGUUAUUAAAGUCAUACAUGAACAUGGAGCUUCAUCUGGGCAUGUAAGUCAAGGUCAUAGUCACGGAAGUCAUGGUGGUCAUGUAAGUCAUGGUGGUCACGGUGGCCACGCUGCUGUUGGUUUGCCAGCACCACAAGUAAGCGCUCCAGCUAAGGUUAUUCGUGUUAUACAUGAACACACAACUUCAUCCGCAUCAUCUUCUGCAGUUGCUGCUCCCGCAUAUGCUUCAAUUCCAGCACCUGCACCUGCCCCUGCCCCUGCACCAGCACCUGUAUAUCAUGCUGAACUUUCACCACAAAUUGCUGGACCAUCAUCUCAGUAUUUACCACCAGAACCAGCACCAGCAGCUCAUUUGCCUGCUCAAACAUAUGGUCCAUCACAACAGUGGUAAACAAUAUCCUCUAUUAAAUAAUGAGACUGCCUAAACUAGUUAAACUGAUAAACUAGUAAAAAUGUACAA